UUAAACCCCGAGUUUCUUUUUGCCGUUUGAGCAAUCCCCCUCCCCUUCCCCUAACCUGUCGCUUUCGGCCCUAUUUUCCUUUUCUUGUGUUAUGAUUUCCCGGAUUUUGAUAGUUCACGAUAAACAAGAUUCACCGUCAUGUAUCCCCUCCCCCCACUUUCUAUAUCUCCCUCGCAAUGUCCAUUCCGUAGCAUCCCAUACACAGGCGUAACUGUUUGUUCAUUCGGUUUUUCUUCUUUUUCCUUAAUCUUCUUUCACCUUUUGUUUACCUUUGAUUACCCAAUCAGACUAUUUCCUUUGGACGUGUCUCUUCUAACCCCCGGGCCCAUGUGGACAGAAAUCAAGUUUCUCCACCAGACCCUUGGGCCAGAUUUAGUGGACGUUAGGAGAGACAGGUUGUCUUUGUUCCACGAUGGAUAGUUCUGAUAGCCAGAAAAUGCCAACCCCCUGUUUCUCUGAUUCUCUGUUUCUACAACCCCGUAAACCUUAGACUUGCCGUCGUACCCGAACUUGGAUACGUUACAUCAAUCAAUCCUAC